GUGGAGGACGUGGAUUGGACAGUGUAGAGACAGGGAAAGGAGGGGUCGGGAAUCAGCAUGUGUGUGUGGUGAGACAAGCAGGAGUGAGUACGCUGGUGCCGGGAUUGUUUUUUUAUUUUAGAGUUAGCAACUCUGGCUGCUGGUCGUGGUCGGGCAGAGGGUCUCUGAUCUCAGGCCUGAGCCGGGGACCGGUGGGCUCCGUUGUCCGAAAGGGGAAGCAGUAAAAUGGCGGACAAUGGCCCCCGGUAUCCUCUGCUCGGUGCUAUGAAUGUAUCUAGGAUAGAGGCCAGAAGGAUGCUGUGUCCUAACGGAAGCCCGUGGAUCUGGCAUCUGCUGGAGCAGUGUGUGGAGAAUGUAUGGGAAUAUUGGAGUGUGAUCAUAGGACUCCUCUCCAUUGGCUGCUUCCUCUUUGCUGCAUUACCCCAACUGUACGUUGCCUACAAGAAUGGAAAAGUCGACCAGGCCCUUUCACUUGGGUUUUUGUUAUGUUGGUUGGGGGGGGACUUCACCAAUUUUGUAGGCUGUUAUUUGGCCAAACAGCUACCAAUUCAGACUGUUACUGCUAUUUUCUAUGUUAAUAUGGAUAUAAUUAUGAUAUCACAAUUUGCCUAUUACAAAUUAAAGAACAAAAAAAUGAAAGGGAGUGAAAGCCUGAAAGGUCUCUGUAUAGGCUGGGUGAUUUGCUGCAUUACAUUGUCUGUGCUAGUCCCAAGUCAGCUGCUUCUCAAGGACCUGGAGUGGAAUGCUGGUCUAGAAAUAAACUCUAACACUAUGGGCAUUACAGAAAUGUCUGGGUUCAUUUGUGGUUACGUUUCUUCUGUGUUUUAUUUGGGCUCUCGCUUCCCUCAACUCCAUAAAAAUUUCCAAAGAAAAUCUACAGAAGGUACUUCCUACAUGUUGUUUGCAUUGGCAAUGCUUGGAAACUUUACAUAUGGGUUAAGCCUUGUUCUCAAGUUACCUGCUAUUGCACAUAAUAAGAACCAAUACAUCUUGCACCAUUUGCCAUGGCUUAUUGGAAGCUUUGGUGUUCUUGUGCUUGACUUCUUUAUGACUGCACAGUUCCUUGUUUAUCGAAAGCACAAGACCACAGUCUCCAACUCGCUGGCACUGGAGGUGGAGCCGUUGCUUGUGGAUGAAGAGGAUGCCUAAAGCUCUAGACCCACUUGUUCUCGUUACUUUGCUAUCAGAAGUUUUUGAAACCUAUAUAGUUUUAAGGGACCAAACUUUCUUUUAUUUAAAUAGGCUUUUGCUUUGAGAGUAAAGGUGCUGUUAACCUGUCUGGAUCCCAAAUAUGGGUUUCCACGAACAUCGCCUUUUUUGUUUUUCAACAAUUGUGACUGGUGACAAUUUUGUAUGUUUAAUAAUACUUGUGUAUUUUCUUUCCAGCCAUCCGAGGCAAAUGCGUCAUUAAGUAAACACUAAACUAUGGAUUGCAGAGAGAACCUUAGUUCUGCGUGAAAGGGGAAGAAUCACUGGUGUUAUUGUACCGUUAUACCUGAAGUUCAUUAGCUGCUGGUUUUGUUGUUGUACAGGAUAGACCAGGCAGGUCGUAGGUCUUUAAGUGUAGUGUGUAGACUUUGAAAAACUAAGGCGAUUAUUUGCUUUAUGGACAAAUAUCACUGAAUUACUCUGUGGCUUGUCUGUAGACCAGUGUAAGCUUUGUAAUGUGAUCUUCUACAUUAGAUUUGUUGCCAAAAUAAUAGGUUAAUAAAUGGCGUAAAACAAUGAGAUGCCAAAAAUUGCAUAGGGCAACUAACCAUAAAAUAUUAGCUGAUCCUGUAUCUGCAGACAUUUUAUAACGUGGCACCCGUGAGUGGGAAUAGUCCCUGCUGGUUGGCAUGCAGGCUGAAGGGCUGUUAACUGUUCGGGAUCCCGGCGUCGGUAUAGGGACCGUAUCCCAAACAAAAGACAGAUGACUCUUUUGUGCAUUACAGUUCCGAUCUGACCAUUUAUAGAGAUGUGUAUGUAUAAUAUAUGACGGCUGUAUAGGCUAAUCCCGCAGUGACAAGUUUGUCACAGAUUUUAUUUUAUCUAAUCUUUCUAAUGAAAUUCAUCCACUAAACAGAAGUGGCCUAUGUACUUUUACACUGAAUGUCACCCUGUGUAUUGUCUUUAACAGUUCACUAUGAAAAUCUCAUGAUUGCAUUAAUUGCAUCUGUGGCCAGCAGUACGUAUCAGUCGUCUCAUAGCCAUAGAUUGCUCCUAUAAGAGAUAUCUACUUUUUAUAAGUCGCCCCAACCCCCUUACUCCUGUUUUAAUGAUCUUUAAAUGUAGCUUUUGCUGUACUUUCCUAUUUUGGGCUUCAGAGUUUUAAGAACUUCCUUGUUAGGUUCUAUUCAAGCAUAGCCGUUUCUGUCCCCAUAAUAAAAGCAUGCCUUUCUAGUUCAAGAUUCUACACCUAAGAAUUUAUUCAGCUGGUUUUAAUAUUUCUUAGAAAUUAGUCUUUCUUCCUCUUAUGUCCACCAGAUUCAGGAUGUGUGUGAUGCAUUUGUUUUUGUGUUGUGUGGGGGAUUUGUGCUUUUUUUAUGAUCUCAUGAUUUAAAUACCUGUGGAAAGAAAACAAGCUCUUAUAAUGAUGAAACUGUUUUUGAACAUGGCAAUUUUUAAGGGAAAUGUACAAAUGAUACCAAUUGUGUGAAAAUAGAAUAUUUGUAAAACUUUUUUAUUGAUUUUGUUAAACGACUUGCUGUUUAAUAGCUCCUUAAGGGAUUUGGAAGUUUAGUCUUCAAGACUGAUUCCAUCCAAACCUCACCUUUUACUUGGAGUGAAGCAACAUAAGCUAUAGCAUGCACUGUUACCUGUGCUCCAUAGGAGCCCUAUGUGUGAGACGCUAUAUUUAUAUCAGUCUUGCAUAGCAGUUGCUUCCUCCUGCUAUGGAUGUGGGCGAAUACAUAAAACUAGGGUGGACAAUCCCGGGAUCAGGAUUGGCGUGAUCCUGGGAUUUAGGCCUAAAAUUGGCUGGGAUUCAAUCCCGGGAUUGGAGCUUCCAAUCCCGAGGAUUUCGGGGUUAGAAAGCCACCUUGUUUUUUCAAUGCCAGGCAGCAUUGAGCGUCCUCAGGGGGGCUCAGUCGCUGUCCAGGUCACUCCUUCCAGCUCCCCCUGCUUCCAGCUGUGCGCAGUGUGACGUGAAGUGAGGGGUCAUGCUGCGCAGUCUGACGCCAGCCGCCCGCGCUACCCGAAUUGCACUUCACUGCCUGCCCGCACUCCCAGAGGAUGAUGUGUAGAUCUGUGGGCUGGCCUGAGCGAGUCUGAGAAGGCGAAGUGGUGGUGGUGGUGGUGGGGGGGGGUUCACUGAAGAUUUUAAUUUUAAAAUCUUCAACCUAAUCUCGGGUAUCCCGGGAAUCCUGGGAUUGUAAUUUUUCAAUCCCGAUACCUGGGAUUGGAAAAAAAAGCCCCAGGAUUGGCCUCCCUGCAUAAAACUGAAAAAGAGUUGGCAAAACCUUUGAAACUUUUCAGUAUGAGCCACCUUUUGUUGACUCUUAAAUACCCAAAAUAGAGCCACAUUUUUAGUCCUACGCGUACUAGUUUGCAAAUGUAACAAGUUUAAAUCACUGGGUAGAUACAUAAUUUGCUAGAGAGAACCUAACAUUACAUGCAUCUGUUAAAGACCAGAGACCGCCUCUGCCCACGAGACUGUCAUAGUAUGCUGAAUUGUGCAGUGUGCUAUGGAUGCUGCAGCCCUUGGGUGUUGCGGCCUUACUGCUACUUCACUUAGGUGGGAGCCACAUCCUCAGAGUGAGUGUUAUCCUUGUUUGUGAUAUCACAGCCAAGCUUUCCAACAUAAUCCUAACACUGAGGAGCAGCACCCGACAGCUUCACGACUGCUGGCUGCUUCUCCUUUAAUUCAGCGGCUGGCCCUCCAUGUAUUAGACUCCUACAGUAUUUUAGGUGCCCCCUAAUUAUUAGCAUUCUAGAUGAUCACUUAUGCUAGUGUCGGUCCUGUCUGUCCACCAUCGAAGAGAUAAUGGCUUUUCUUUGGCAACAUAUUCAGAUACUGUUGAUGGAGUAGAGUGUCUGACACAUAGUUUGAGAGUAUCGUAUGACCGGCGGUCGAGGGACUGCUGGUCAGAGUACCGAUGGCGGGAUCCUGGCAUUGAGAUGCCUGGAAGGGGGGGGGGGGUGUUUCAACGAAGCCCUUUGCGGGCUGGGACCGCCACAGGUUGUAUUCCCACUCGACGGUGUUAUGGACACCCAUGAGUGGGAAUAGUUCCGGUUAGUAGUCAUGCCGACUGUAGGGAUUGUGAGGGGGCAGGAUGUAGGUACCGGUAUUGUGAUUGGUGGUCACAUAACUAAAUCCCUUUGGGAGCUAGUCAGUUGUAUUUGUAAAAUAGUUCCUGGUAAUUGUAGUUAUAAAGGGAACAUGUCCACAAAGGUUGACUAUCCCUUUUAAGAAGUUUUUCAUUGAGUGAUGGAUAUUUUGCACAUAAGGCUAUGGAGAUUUGUAGGGAUGGUGGACUUUCUAAGCCUUUUGUGGUCGCAUCCUGCCUGUUUUGGUGUUAGUGGGAUAAACCUAAAUGUACACAUUUAAUAUCAUGUCUAUUUAUUUUGUGCUUCUUUACAUGUUUAUGUACAAAUACAUAAGCUAAUCAACAUGUUGCUGCCAAAAUUACACUCUAAGGGGAGAAUGCUAUACAGUUAGAAGAAAUGUAGGUAAAGGAUUCUUAAACUGUAAGUAGCAAUUGGUUAUAAACUGGUGUUAAAUGUCUAUACAUGUAAUAUAGUAUUGCUAUAUUAUUUUAUAUAAACAUGUAUAUUUAUUAACAUUUAUUUAUAUGGAGUCAGCAUGUUCCAUUGUACUUUUAUAAUUGGGAAUAAAACAUUUCUAAAAUUAGACUGGGUAAUAAAAUUUGGAAAGAUGAAGGAAAUUUGGUCACAAACUCACAUCCUAAAGGAAAAAGGGUAAAAUGGCUACAAUUUAUAGGGCCAAUUUUAGAUACCUCCACAAUAUUUAAAGCACAAUGUUUAGUUGAGAGCCAUUUCUGUUGUAGGAUUACUUAAAUUGCUAACAGCUCAGGUGUUAAUACUACUUUAAGUUUACCUUUAUAUUUUUGUAACAUUUUGUGUACAGUCAGCUUAUAUUAUAAAAUACUAUGUAUUUUGAUGUGUUACCUGAAUACACGUUUUAAACUAUUUAGGGGGACAUGUACUAAGCAGUGAUAAAAAUGGAGAAGUGAGCCAGUAGAGACGUUGUCCAUGGCAACCAAUCAGCUGCUCUGUAUAUUUAUAUAGUAUGUAAAUUAUAAAUGUUACGUAAAUGCUGAUUGGUUGCCAUGGGCAACUUCACCACUGGCUCACAUCUCCACUUGUAUCACUGCUUAGUACAUCUCCCCCAUGCUCUGUACAUAACUGUAGGAUAGGAUAUGGUUGACGGUGCUUAUUUUUCUGUCUGACUGGCAAGAUGCAGCAGUUAUUUACAAGGCACAUUAUGACAGGAAAUAUUUAAUUCUCUUGUGUCAUACUCUUGAGAUGACUGGUUCAUGGAGAACAUCCCUUUGCAGUUACUGUAGUAAUCUUUGUCAUGUGACUGUACUAUUAGGCAUUAAUGCUAGCCAAUGUUUGUAAAACAGCUUCUUAAUUUGACAAAGUGGAGUACUAUGUAUAACACACAUUCCAUGCAAAUUUUAAAUCUGUAAAUACAUAACUUAACAUUAGUUUUAUAAAAUUAUAUUAAUUUUGAUGGUUUUCCUCUUUAUAGCAGGUUUUGUUACCUCAUAAUAAAUGUGCAAUAUUAAGCUUC